CUGGCCCGCUGCCCCCCUGCCCCCCGCCCCCGCCAUGGCGGAGCCUUCGCCGGCCCGGCGUCCGGUGCCUCUCAUCGAGUCCGAGUUGUACUUCCUCAUCGCCCGCUACCUCUCGGCGGGCCCGUGUCGCCGAGCGGCGCAGGUGCUGGUGCAGGAGCUGGAGCAGUACCAGCUGUUGCCGAAGAGGUUGGAUUGGGAGGGCAACGAACACAGCAGGAGCUACGAGGAAUUGGUCUUGUCCAAUAAGCAUGUGGCUCCUGAUCACCUGCUGCAGAUCUGUCAGCGCCUCGGCCCAAUGCUGGAUAGAGAAGUCCCACCCAGCGUUCCCAGAGUCACUUCUCUGCUUGGUGCAGGAAGGCAGUCUUUGCUCCGUACUGCAAAAGACUGCAGGCACACAGUGUGGAAGGGCUCUGCCUUUGCCGCUCUUCACAGAGGAAGACCUCCUGAAAUGCCUGUGAAUUACGGCUCCCCACCGAGUCUCGUGGAGAUCCAUCGUGGGAAACAGCUCACAGGGUGUUGCACUUUCAGCAGAGCGUUCCCAGGAACUAUGUACCAGCACAUAAAGAUGCACAGGAGGAUUCUGGGACAUCUGUCUGCUGUGUACUGCGUAGCCUUUGAUAGGACAGGACAUAGAAUCUUCACAGGUUCAGAUGAUUGUUUGGUAAAGAUAUGGUCAACACAUAAUGGGCGCUUGUUGUCUACGUUAAGAGGGCAUUCUGCAGAAAUUUCAGACAUGGCAGUGAACUACGAGAACACGCUGAUUGCUGCCGGAAGCUGUGAUAAGAUCAUUCGGGUGUGGUGCCUGAGAACGUGCGCCCCAGUUGCCGUGCUGCAAGGACACACGGGCUCAAUCACGUCUUUGCAGUUUAGCCCAAUGGCCAAAGGACCUCAGAGGUACAUGGUUUCUACUGGUGCUGAUGGGACUGUUUGCUUUUGGCAGUGGGAUUUAGAGUCUUUGAAGUUCAGUCCACGGCCCCUGAAGUUCACAGAGAAGCCGAGGCCUGGCGUUCAGAUGCUGUGUUCCUCCUUUAGUGCUGGUGGUAUGUUUUUAGCUACGGGUAGCACUGAUCAUGUAAUCAGAAUGUAUUUCUUGGGGUUUGAAGAACCUGAAAAAAUCGCUGAACUUGAGAGCCACACUGACAAAGUUGAUAGUAUCCAGUUUUGUAACAAUGGUGACCGGUUCUUGAGUGGUAGCAGAGAUGGAACAGCGCGGAUUUGGAGGUUUGAACAGUUGGAAUGGAGAAGCAUUUUACUGGAUAUGGCCACCAGAAUCUCAGGAGACACAUCUUCGGAAGAGGAGAGGUUUAUGAAGCCCAAAGUCACAAUGAUAGCUUGGAAUCAGGAUGAUAGCAUUGUUGUCACAGCCGUGAACGACCAUGUCCUCAAAGUGUGGCACUCUUACACUGGGCGGCUACUUCACAACUUACUGGGACAUGCUGAUGAAGUGUUUGUUUUGGAGACACAUCCCUUUGAUUCCAGAAUUAUGUUAUCUGCAGGACACGAUGGCAGCGUCUUUAUAUGGGAUAUUACAAAAGGCACCAAGAUGAAACAUUAUUUUAAUAUGAUCGAAGGACAAGGCCACGGAGCAGUGUUUGACUGUAAGUUCUCACAGGAUGGACAGCAUUUUGCCUGCACAGAUUCUCAUGGGCAUCUUCUGAUAUUUGGUUUUGGAUGCAGCAAACCAUACGAAAAGAUUCCUGAUCAGAUGUUUUUCCAUACUGACUACCGACCGUUGAUAAGAGACUCCAAUAACUAUGUCUUGGAUGAGCAGACGCAGCAGGCCCCUCACCUGAUGCCGCCGCCGUUCUUGGUGGACGUGGACGGGAACCCUCAUCCCACGAAGUUCCAGAGACUCGUGCCCGGUCGGGAGAACUCGGCCGAUGAGCACCUGGUUCCACAGCUCGGCUAUGUGGCCACAAGUGAUGGAGAGGUGAUUGAGCAGAUUAUAAGCCUGCAGACCAGCGACGGUGCUGAGGGAAGCGCUCUUGAUGGGAUGAUUCGGCAGUUGCAGCAGCAACAAGACCAGAGACUGGGAGUGGAUCAGGAUGUGACUGCAAACGGACUGCCUCAUGGGGAAGAGACAGCCCGAAGAGAGAGUUUUAGAAGACUGAGUUUAGACACUCAGUCUCCUCCGAACAUCGGUCUUCGCCGAAGUGGGCAGGUUGAAGGGGUCCGUCAGAUGCAUCACAAUGCUCCCCGCAGUCAAAUGGCCACAGAGCGUGACCUGCAGGCUUGGAGGCGGAGAGUGGUUGUUCCAGAGGCCCCGCCAGGCAUGUUCAGGCGGUUGGAAGAUUUUCGCAUAGAGAGAGGUGAAGAGGAGAGAAAUCUAUAUGUAAUAGGGAGGAAAAAGAAGACUUUCCAGCUCUCACAAAAGUCAAAUUCGAUGGUUUUGGUAUCCCAGUCUAGACAACGGGCUUGUAAGCGUAAAUAUGCAAAUUACAGUAGAAGAAACACCGACGACAGCUGUGACUUGUCUUCAGGAAAUGAGUCUUCAGGCUCCGUGAGACGAGAGUCUUCCUGUGAGCAGAGUGAGGCUUCUUGUUCUUCAGAAGAUGAUGAGUGGAAAAGUGACCGGAGAACUGAGAGUGACAGUGAGAGCUCAAGUGACUCCUCAUCGCGGUACUCUGACUGGACAGCCGACACAGGAAUCAACCUGCAGCCUCCCUUAAGGAUGUCGUGUCGCCGUCGAGUGACACGGUUCUGUAGUAGUUCUGAGGAUGAAGUGUGUACGGAGAACAUAUCUCCGCCAAAAAGACGGCGGAAGAGAAAGAAGGACAGCAAACCUAAAAGAGAGAGCUUGCGAAGCCUCACGCCGGCAGAGCCUGCCGACACCGAACAUUUGCACGAGUUUCACCCGCCCGUGUGGAUAACCGACACCACACUGCGGAAGUCUCCUUUUGUUCCUCAGAUGGGUGACGAGGUCAUCUACUUCCGUCAGGGCCACGAAGCCUACAUUGAAGCCGUCAGAAGGAACAACGUGUAUGAACUGAACCCUAACAAGGAGCCGUGGAGGAGGAUGGACCUUAGGGAUCAAGAAUUGGUCAAAAUAGUUGGAAUAAGAUACGAGGUUGGACCACCUACACUCUGUUGCCUCAAACUAGCAUUUAUAGAUCCCGCAACUGGCAGACUUACAGAUAAAUCUUUCUCUAUUCGAUAUCAUGAUAUGCCAGAUGUUAUCGAUUUUCUUGUGUUGCGUCAAUUUUAUGAUGAAGCAAGACAGAGAAACUGGCAGCCUUGUAAGUCUGGUGACAGAUUUCGAUCUAUAAUCGAUGAUGCUUGGUGGUUUGGAACUGUGUUGAGUCAAGAGCCAUAUCAGCCGCAGUACCCUGACAGCCAUUUCCAGUGUUACAUUGUUAGGUGGGACAACACUGAGAUUGAAAAGCUUAGCCCAUGGGACAUGGAGCCAAUCCCUGACAACGUUGAUCCGCCAGAAGAAUUGGGAGCAAGUGUCUCUGUCACUUCAGAUGAGCUAGAGAAAUUGCUCUACAAACCACAAGAUGGAGAGUGGGGCCAGAGCUCACGAGAUGAGGAGUGUGAACGCAUCAUCAGCGGCCUCGAUCAGCUCCUCAGCCUUGAUAUGGCAGCAGCGUUUGCAGGCCCGGUGGAUCUGUGUACAUAUCCAAAGUACUGCACAGUAGUGGCUUAUCCCACUGAUCUUUAUACAAUUCGAAUGAGGCUUGUUAAUCGAUUUUACAGGAGGCUGUCUGCGCUGAUCUGGGAAGUCCGGUACAUAGAACACAACGCAAGGACAUUUAAUGAACCCGAAAGUGUAAUUGCAAGAUCAGCUAAAAAAAUAACCGGCCAGCUUCUGAAGUUUAUUAAGAAUCAAGAUUGUACAAAUAUAUCAGAGCUAUCCAACACAUCUGAAAACGAUCAGAAUGCUGAUGACUUGGAUGACAGUGACCUCCCCAAGACAUCUUCUGGAAGGAGGAGGGUCCACAACCGGACAAAAAGGAGCAGCAGAGCCACCAGCUGUGUGGAGAGUGACUGGAGGAGGCAGUGCAAGGCGCUCCUUCUCCUGAUCUUCCAGUGUGAGGACUCCGAGCCCUUCAGGCAGCCUGUGGACUUGGUUGAGUACCCAGAUUACCGAGAUAUCAUAGACACUCCGAUGGACUUCGGAACAGUGAGGGAGACUCUGGAGGCCGGGAAUUAUGAUAGCCCUUCGGAAUUUUGCAAAGACAUCCGACUGAUAUUUAGCAAUGCAAAGGCAUAUACACCCAACAAAAGAUCAAAGAUUUAUAGUAUGACCUUGAGAUUGUCUGCUUUGUUUGAAGAAAAAAUGAAGAAAAUUUCCUUUGAUUUUAAAAUUGGUCAAAAAUUCAAGGAGAAACUUCGACGAAGCCAAAGAUUCAAGCAGCGGCAAAGAUGUAACGGUGCCGUGCAGUCUGACCAGAGCAUGAGAAAUAUCAAACAGAAGCAGCUCAAAUUUCAGACAAAAGUAAUCCCACAGCCGGUGUGUUCUUCCCAGUCUACCUCAAGUAGGGCACCUUUGUCUGCAACCCGGAAGACAAGCGCUGGCGUCUCCUCAGGCCUUACCUCUGGGGACUCUUCAGAUUCAGCGGGGGUGCUGGCCAGAGGGAGAAGGAACAGACCCGAAACUCCACGGAGUGGCUCUGAGUUGUCUGGAAGUGAAAUGGAAGAUUUCAUAGCUACCUCUUCAUCGUCUUCAACUUCACCCAGUUCAGAGGAAAGCAGAGACAGCCCCAGAGCUCGAGAGAGUUCCUUGCGCAGUGGCUUGUUGAGAAGCAGCAAUCUCAGGGUGACCAGGACAAGAGCUGCUCAGAGAAAAGCUGGUUCUGUUUUCUUAGAAAAUGGAUAUGGCAGAAAAGCCACUCGGAAGAGGGUUUACUUAAGUGAUUCUGAUAACAAUUCAGGAGAAACGGAUGAAAAUCUAAAAGGCAAGGCUGGAAACAACCGGAAAGUUCUCCGGAAGUGUGCUGCUGUUGCCGCCAGCAAGAUAAAGCUGAUGAGCGAUGCAGAAGAAGCUUCAAGCUCUGAAAGCCUCUGCUCUGGUCGGAAGCUGCCGCAUCGCAACGCCUCAGCCAUGGCCAAGAAAAAGCUGCUACACAAUUCUGACGAUCAGAGCCUCAAGUCAGAGACGGAAGAGCUAAAAGACCAGUGCCCAGCCCUGUUGGAGUCUAGCUCUCAUGCUGUCCAGGACAGUGCAAGUGACUCAGAGUCAGAAAGUGACCUGCAAGGAGCCCGGAAGAACUGGCAUGCCAACGGCUGCACAUCGCACACUCAGGCGACCUGGAAAACAAAACUCCUUCCCGUAGAGUCUUCUGAGGAGUCAGAUAACGGAGCCAGCAGCGCUGCUGACCCGUCAGCAUCUGGGCGGAGAGUCGGGGCUGAGAGCCUCUCUGAGGAAGCGGACUCUGAACCAGGAAGCGGUGCCUUAGGCAAGAAUGCACAUUUAUUUAAGAAAGCAAAGAUCUUGAGUGAUUCAGAGGACUGUGAGGAGCUCGGUGGAGAGAGCUGGGCUGGUCCUGCCAUGGAGGGAAGCCCAGUGUCUGAAGCCUUGAAGAGUGAGGCUGCCCAGUGUCUCUCAGGUCAUGGAUCUGAGACUGAUGUGGAUUCCGAUGUGGGUGCAGUGAAAGAUAAAGCGCACAGCGACGUGAAUGAUUCUGUAUCACGGGAGAAUGGACAAAGGAGAACAGUUUCUCGGAAAAGGGUCUGUUCCAGUGACUCAGAGAGCAGCCUCCAGGUGAUGAAGAAGUCACCCAAAGACAAAGCCAGCCCCUUGAGGGUUACUCGAAGUGCUAGUAUGGCUACUGAUAAAACCAAGCUCACAGGUGAUGCAGAAGAUGUCAGCUUAGACAGCGUGUGCACUCGAAGCAAAAGGAGGAGGAGGAAGCCCAUCCGAUUUGCUUGUGCCACUGCAGAGAAGACUCCGAGUGGCGAUGAGCAACAUGCACCAUGUGAAGGAGCAGAGCGGCAGCGUGCCGGUGCUGGGAAGCUCCCUGAGCCUGAACCCCAGGGCAAUACGGGGAAUGCCUGUCCGGCUACCAGUGCAGAUGUGAAUCCUGAAGGCGCUUCCAGUAUAGAGCACACAAACAGCGUGCAGAACAGGCAAGCAGACAGUACCUGUGUAAGGCCGCCUCCUAAAACCCGAAGUUCCUCUCCUGCGCCUUCUCAGGAAGAUGCCAGAAGCCAAAUCCCCGGUAGUAAGAUUACAUUGUCUUCUGAGUCAGUUUUGGCCCAUAAAGCUACUGUAGAGAAUAACUUUGAAGAUGAACUAAAUUAUGGGUUACGAAGGUGGAAUGGCAGAAGACUCAGGACAUAUGGAAAAGCCCCUUUCAGUAGGACAGCACAAGGCACUGACGGUCCACAGGCGGCAGCAGAGGCUGUGGUGAAGAGGAGAGCACGUCCUGAGCUAGAGGGCGGUGAGGACACGCCUGCGCAGACGGGGAGUUCAGGCUGCCUGCCGGAUGCCAGUCCCAAACCAGCAGAUCUGGGAUCAGUAACUGAGUCUGACGUUGACUGUUCUGAUAACACAAAAACCCAACGGAAGAAGAAAAGGAAAGGGAGAGCGAAAGUGGCUAGGAAAGGGAAGACCCUUCCAUCCACCCCGACCAAUGCUGCCAGGCGCCAGAGGCAGAGUAAAUGUCCCAGGUUAAACGUGGACGACGAUGACUGGGAGGGUUUGGACUGUGCAAAAACUCAAAGAGUUGUUCGGCGCUCAAAAAUAAAAACAAGAAAUCAGGGUAGGAGAACGGUGAGAUACCAUGACGGGGAAGACGACAGGAGCGUAGAGCGCGCGGUAGAGCGCAGUGCCCGCACCUUAUGACUCUGAGAGCCAGCGUUUGCAAGUAGGCUGACUGGAAUGUAUUGCGAAAGCUGGCUUACAAUUCAGGGAAUAUAUUUAUAUUUUUCUAUGAAAAGUUGUGAAUGUGACUAAAUCAUGACUGUUAUUUUUAUUUGCACUGCUGGUUUUUGAAGCAGCAUUCAGCACAGGUGCCAAAACACACUUCAUUUUGGGGGCAGAUCUACUUUGGCAGUAUUGACUCAUACAGCAAGAGUUGGAGACACGUUAAACACUAGACAACUUGGUUAUCCAAACCAGUGAGCAUUACUUUUGUAGUAGCAGUGUCACGUUAUUUUCUGAGUUUGUCCAGAGGUGGUAGUUUCUAAACCCCUGCCAUGUAGGAGAAGAAGUCAUGUGACCUAUGUUUACAGAAUCUUGAUAAAUAUUAUGUGCAUACUGACAUUAUAAUCAUGGCAAGUGUGACCAUGAUCAGUAGGCAAGGCACCUACCACUUUUUCUUUUUCUUUCUUUUUUUUAUUUUUAAUCCUUCUCCCUGGAGACUUGAGUAGAAUACAUUAUACCCGUAUCUGGCCAUUUUUAUUGACAUGACUUCUAUUUUUCUUUCCAAAUUCUUGUCUUUUUUAUUUUAAAAGCAAACCUGAUAGCUUUCAUGUUUAUAAACUUGAAUUUAUAAAGUGCUGGUAAAUUAUUUUACAUGUUUGGAGUGCAUACUUUAAAGGUCUAAGUUGAGAGCAUAGUCAUAGUAUUUUCUGUUAGAUUGUUUGCUGACAAACUGCAAUUUGGUUUUUGUCCAAACUCUACUUUACAUUAAGAGUCACCAAAUUCUUGCUCUUCCAUAAUCAAUCUUACCCUGAAGUAGAGACGUUUGUGUGCCUUAGAUUUAGGGAGAUUGUUCUUUAAUAAGAGUGCACAGGGCGAACGGUGUUUCAGUUCUUUGUAGAUUUCCUUCUGUCAAAACUGUAGAGUUAAGAGUGCAAUUUAAAUCUUAGCCAAUGUAGGAAAACAGUUCACUCCCACUCUCUCCCCGAGCUUACUGCUGCCAAAUGCAUCCUGCGCAUCCUUUGCUUGGGACGACCGCGUGUACCUUGGUUAGUGAGCUCUAAUAUGGAGCCUGUGUUUGGGGCACAGUGGCUUU